AUGGAUGCAGAAACUGAGGCUUUUGGUGCGGAAUUGGAGGACCUAUUACAAGGUGACCUAGGCAUCAACAUGGUGUUCAUCCUAUCAGAAAAGUUCUGGGCUGCAGAAGGGCAAGAAACCACUCUGGAGGGAGAUGUGUUUUCCCAGGAGAGUUUUGAGUGCAGGUUGGCAAAAGCAGAAGAGACACCAGAAUAA